AUGCAGAGAAUUCCAUUGCAUCUGUCACGGUGUGUCCGUCGAGCGGGACUCUCGCGGGGUGGACAAUUCUACUUGCCGCUGCUUAGUCUGUCAGCUCGCUGCUACGGAGGAACAUCAUCGCUGCACGCUCCAAAGAUGGAGACUCCCGCAUAUCAAUGCGGCCAGUGUGGGAAGUCGUUUCGGCUGCUUAACGCCUUGAACCAUCACAUCAUGACGAAACACGCUGGGCACGCGAAGGCGAUGGUGCUCAGGGCGGGCAAACUUGAGGAGGUUAAGCCAGACGAGGUAAAAAGCAAGUCUUCACAGACCAGAGAUGUCACCCCUGCUGCCUCGAUGGCGUCAACCGGAGCCGUCUGGCCCACCACGCAGCUACCAACGGGAUUUCCCGGCAUGGAGUAUUCGCCUCUUGGGGGCGCCGCACCGUUUGCAACUCCUCUUGGAGUUGCAUCGGCUGUGCCUCUGAAAUCGCCGCCAGGACCGGGAGCUACAAUCCCUACCGGGGCAAACGGUAACGAGACAGAAAGCUUCGUGACAGAUGAGGAUGCUGAAAAGAAACUUUUUGUCUGCACCAUUUGCCAGAAAACGUUCCGUCUAGAAGCAGCUCUGCAGCACCAUUACCAAGCCAAGCAUAACAUGGAAAUGCCAACGACCUCUACAAGCACGGCUAGUACGCGGGCGGCAAGUCACAGCACUACCAUCGCGGGGGCGGCGACCACCAUUUUUGGGGGUAACACCGAUGACGCAGCAAGGUCCAUGACGGGUACUCACUACGUUCAUAGCCAGGAGUCUGUUCUUCCUCAGGCACCACAGUACCACCUUGACGUCGCCCCCAACGCACCAGAAGAAGGAGAUGUGGCGGCUCACUGGCGCUGCGUCAACCAUUGCGUUGUGUUGGGCCCUGUGCAGAACAUUCAGGAGGGCUACGUAUUUGAAGAGAAGGUUGUACAAUUUACAUUGAUCACAGACUUCGAGGGUCCUUCUCCUGGAGACCCGGAUAAGGACUUUCACACAGUAAGAGUUUUUGAUAGCUCCUUCUGUGAGCAGCUAAAAAAGGAAUUGAAGGAGGGCGAACGGUUCCUCGUGACGGGUCGCUUGCGCAUGAUACCGCAGUAUGACAGUGCGAUGAAGAAAUAUUACCACUACCCAGUUAUUCAAGUUCACCCGGGGUGCGGCUCGGUGGUACGGGUGUGA